AUGCAUCAAAGAAUACAUACAUUGAACACAUUUUUCAAGUACAAGCAAUUUUUCCAAGGAAUUAUGACUAGACAACUACGAAAGAGGACAAGAGCCGUUGUGAAGAAAGAACAAACUGACACUCCUCAUACUUCUAAGUACUUUAAAAAGACUAAAGUGAAGAAAGAAGAAGUAAAAGAGAGUGUUCUGGUAGAGGAUUCUGUAGACAUUGAGUGGGUGAAAACUUUAAAUAACAAAGACUAUUUCCAAUGGAUUGGAGAGAGAACUGGUAAUAUUCCUAGAAGAUGGGAUACUCCGUUACCCGAGGAUGCAUUCCAACCAAUAAAUGGUAAUAAGUUACCUAAACAUUUUAAAUAUAUUUAUAUGAAACUGAGAAACAUGAGAUCAAGUAUUAAUGCCCCUGUGGAUUCAGUAGGGGGUUCCUCGGUAUCAAUAACUGUAGCUGAACAACUUGGGAUAGCUAAAGAAGAAUUGAUUCCAAAAAACUAUAGAUUACAAACUUUGAUUGGUAUAAUGCUUUCUUCACAGACAAAGGAUGAAGUUACAGCAAAGGCAAUGUAUAACAUUACCAAGUACUGUCUAGAUAACUUUGGCGCAAGAGGAAUAUCACUUGAUGCAAUGUUACAGAUAGAUGAACCGACUUUAGAUUCUUUGAUAAGAGCGGUCGGUUUCCAUUCCAGAAAGGCAAAGUAUGUAACUCAAACGUGUCAAAUCCUUGUCAAUCGUUUCAACUCGGAAAUUCCAACAACGCCAGAGGGAAUGAUGUCACUUCCAGGGGUGGGUCCCAAAAUGACAUACUUAACUUUACAAAAGACAUGGGGUAGAAUGGAUGGUAUAUGUGUUGAUGUACAUGUUGACAGACUUUGUAAACUGUUUAAAUGGGUAGACUCUAAAAAAUGUAAGACGCCGAACGACACACGAGAAGAGUUACAGAAAUGGUUACCAUUACCACUAUGGCGUGAAAUUAAUAGUUUAUUAGUUGGGUAUGGACAAGCCAUAGAUAGGUCUCGAGCAAAGAAUUGUGAACUUUGUGCCACAGAAGAGAACCCUUUUAUUCCUGGGAAAUCUAAUGCACAUAAUCAUAUUUGUCCUAAAGUUGCAAGUGCAGAAUUACUGGAUAUGGUACCGCAUAUGAAAAAUUAUCAAAGUUGGGUAAAUUACUUAGUGAAAGAGGCAAAAAUAUAUGAUGUUAUUAAAAGUGAAUUACCAUCACAUGAUAACACAUUUCUGGAUAUGGGUCCUCCUCUAGUUAAAUUAGAGGACGAAAUUAUGAUUAAACCGGAAAUAAAACAAGAGAAUGAGGUUUUGUAA